UCCCCGCAGCGCAGGUGCCGGGGCUCAGUCCACUCUGCUUGACAAUGCCAGCAGGAGCUCUGCGCCUCUCCCUCUGCCUCCUCCUCGCCGCCCUCCACCUGAGCUGCGUCCCCGGCGGGGCUCUGGAUGAGGCGCCCUUCGAGCUGAAGGAUUUCCCCCGAGCUCCUGCGUUUUCUCCGCACAAGAAGGCGCCGCAGUUCAUGCUGGAUCUGUUCAACGCCGUGUCCGUGGCCGACGGGGCGCACAGAAGCCAGAAGGAGAUUCUGGAGGGGAACACGGUGCGCAGUUUUCAGGACAAAGGACACACCGGGCAGAGGAUCCACUUUUUCAACUUGUCCUCUCUGGGCAGAGAGGAGAAAAUGAUCAAAGCUGAAUUCCGCUGGUUCCGAAAGAAACACAAGUUCUACCUCGGAAACUCCUAUGGGCCUCAUUUCUAUAAGGUGGGAGUAUACGAGGUUCCAGACAGCAGACUGAAAGCCCAGAGAGGAAACCUCAUCACGUCCAGGCUGGUGCCCCUCUACACACAGGGAUGGGAGGUUUUCAAUGUCACUCAGAUGGUGUCUAAAUGGAUCCAGAAGAGUCAGGAGAACAACGGCAUCCUGGUGGUGACGACGUUCCCCUCCAGUGACUGGAUGAACUCUGAAUCCAAGCAGCUCCAGUUGACAGACACGAGUGCCUACCUGGUCGUUUUCUCAGACGACGGGAGGAUGGAAGCGAACCGGUCAUACCUGGGUAAGUCGAUAUGGGGCGAGAGCCUGAGACCAAUUCAACUCCGUUGCCAUGCUAACGGUUUCCAUCCUCCUGGAACGGCAGCGUCCGAGUCUCUGGACCACCUCAGCAGGAGGAGACGCGCGUCCUCAGACUUCCCUCCCCGCGGUCGCCCCCAGUCCUGCCGGCGCGUGCCCCUCUUCGUGGACUUUGACGAGAUCGGCUGGUCGGGUUGGAUCAUCUCUCCGCGCGGCUACAACGCCUACCACUGCAAAGGCUCCUGCCCGUUCCCGCUGGGCGUGGGCCUGAGGGCCACCAACCACGCCACGGUGCGCUCCAUCAUGCACGCGCUCAAGCUGCCCGGGGAGGACUUGGGCGCCCCCUGCUGCGUGCCCGACAGACUGCAGUCCAUCAGCUUGCUGUACUUUGACGAUGAGGAGAACGUGGUUCUGAAGCAGUACGACGACAUGGUGGCGCUCAGCUGCGGCUGCCACUGACCCGGUUUGGCUCUGAGACAUGAUUAGAACUGAUGAUUAGAGCUGGUUAGAACAUGUUUCCUUGUAUAUGUUUAAAUAUUGAUUUAUUUUAAGAAAUAAAA